GAAAAAUCAAUGUAAAUAUGACAGAGUUGGCACAAAAGAUAAUGUGUUUCUUGUGAGUUUUGCUGUUAACCAAUGUAAUAUGGUCAGUACCGCUUCCAAUGGUAUUUAGCUUAUACUUAUCUGCAUACAAUUAAUCUGUGAUUGGAUGAGCUGAAAUGCCCAUCCAAUCAUGUUUCAUUUUACUGACGUCUCGAAUUACUCAUUGUAAAUCGCGAGAUUUACGUACAAAACAAAUCGUACACGAGGCUGCAGCGUUUUCGUGGUAGCAGAACUAAAAAGAAAAUAUGUAUGUUUUAAUUAGGUGGGCAAAGAAAACAAGGUCAGUGUGGGCAGUGACACAUUUGUGAAAAACAAAAAAAUGCUUUUUGACCCGAAGAGGAUCGGCUGGGUGGAUCAUGGGGUCAUUGGGAAGAAACCACCGAAGGGUGGUUGGAAAGCCUUUCCGGCUCAGAUUCUCAAAGUAAAUGAAGGUCUCCAGGUCAUUCGGGACGCUGAGAAACGCUGGAUAGAAAACAAAAAAAUCUGUCCACAAAAUUCAAAGGCUAAUCAGCCUCAGGCCUCCAAUAAUUCAGAAGACGACGACGCAGAGACAACCUGUGAUCCUUCGGAUCAUACAGACGACAAAUCUCAGAUUAAAGAGUUGGAGGAUCACAUCAAAAAGUUAGAGGAAAUAAUUGGAAAGAAGGAUAAGGAAAUAAAGAGACUUCAAAGGGCAAAUUUACUACUACAAGACGGACUGUCAGACACAAUAUAUAAAAGUGUCAAGGAAGCAGUCAAGGCUGUCCAGCAGUCAUCCAGUUCUUCCAACCAAUUACAGUCUAAAGAAGAAAGUGUGUCUUUGAAAAAUCAUACAGCAAACUCUGUGGGACUUGACUACACUCAGCGGUACAGCGGUUUCAAAAAAAUGACUAGAAACGCGAUGGACUCCCUCUUCACUCUUGAAGAAAUGUCAACAUGUUCAGUGACUGGAAAGAAAGGAAUUCUUGGAAAUAGAAAGAGAAGCUUUGACCAGGAUAAAGUAAACCUUGUCAUUGACCAAAUCAAGAAAGUGUUCAAGGAUGUUGAUGUCUCUGACAUCAAAGUUUGCAUGGCACAAAAAUUGAAGGACACCAGGAGACGCGCUGAGAGGCAGCCAGGGCAAAACGAUGUACUGUAAACCAAUAGUCAAGUCAUCCUGUGGCUGGCUGAUCACGGUGCUGCAAUUUGUGUGUUGAAAUUGUUUGCUUUUCUUUAUUCUUUGAUCUUCCACAGAAUGUUGCUCAUUUAG